AUGAUGGCUGGGCUGACCGACAAUCGGCUCCGACAUAUGGUUGAGAUCAUAUCCGGUAUGCGUGUCAUCAAAAUGUAUUCCUGGGAACAGCUCUUCGCAGACCUCGUGGCUGAGGACCGGAAAGCGGAGGUGUCGUGUAUACAGAGUUUUAUUAUCUUGGUACUCACCGGUCAUGUACUGACCGCUAAGACUGUAUUUGUGUCAAUUAUGCUAUUCAGUUCCGAACGAACUAAUAUGACCUGGUACUUUCCAAUGUCAGUCAUGUUUGGCGCCGAGUUAUUAGUUUCUUGAAAGCCCGUAUCCAACCCUUCAAAAUAUUACGGCACGUUUAAAACCCGGAGAUUUGUUGGCAGUUAUCGGACCGGUGGGGGCGGGAAAGAACUGCCGCUUCUGUCGGGGAGUAUAGAAACGGUGGGAUCGAUAAGCUAUGUCUGUCAGGAGUCCUGGAGUUUCAAUACUAGUGUCCGAAAUAAUAUACUUUUUGGUGCCGAUUAUAACGAAUCCCGAUAUAAGCGAGUGGUAGAGGUGUGCGUUUUGGAGCGAGACUUCGAGAUAUUCCCGUUCGGAGACAAGACAUUAGUCGGUGAGGGAGGAGUACAGCUGUCGGGCGGACAGAAGGCCCGCAUCACGUUAGCCAGAGCUCUGUAUCGAAACUCAGACAUCGUAUUAAUGGACGACCCGUUGAGUGCUGUCGACACUAGUGUUGCCGAACAUAUAUUUGAUAAAUGUAUAGUCGACUACUUGUGCGACAANAACACCAGAUGUAUAGUCGACUACUUGUGCGACAAAAUCCGUAUUCUAGUCACACAUCAAAUCCAAUUCAUACGAAAAGCGACACAAAUAUUGGUUUUGAACGACGAGGGAAAGUGUCUGGGAUUGGGAUCCUAUGAUGAGCUCCAGUCCCGAGGCUUAGACUUCAUGGCUAUUCUCAGCGAUCGGGAGAGAGAGGCCGCAGACAACAUGGGAGAGCUGGAUAGUGAGGACCCGGACACUAAAGUUACAUUUUCACAACACAGUUAUGACAAUCAAAUAAAAUCCAAAAGAACUUCAGUGACCAAGAGUUUAACGAUUAGAAAUAACAGGGAUGCGAUUAUCUACUCCUUAAUGAUGGCCGCGCUGUUCAUCGCAUCCUUAUUAAGAACCAUCACAUGGUUUGUGAUGUUUAUGAGGGCUUCAGUUAAUCUGCACAACACUAUGUUUUAUCGUGUAUUACGGGCCCCGAUAUAUGUGUUUGAGAAUAACCCAGUUGGUCGAAUAUUAAACCGCUUUUCAAAAGAUCUUGCCCAGAGUCCAGUGUUCUCACACGUGAGCACAACAUUCAAUGGGUUGGCCAGUGUUAGGGCCUUUAGGGCUCAGGAAAUGUUUGAAAAACAAUUUUACAUUUACCAAGAUGAUCACUCGUCCACUUGGAUGCUCGACACCACUGCUAAAUUUGCAUUUCGUUUAAUAAUAGAUGUGUUAUGUUUUCUCUAUACGGUUAUCCUAUUCACGGUAUUUAUGGUAUUUCCCGAACAGUUGGGAGCGGGAGAGGCGGGACUCGCUUUAUCAUCA